GGAAAGACUAGUAAUUAUUAAGAACUUGGUAUUUCAAUUGCCCUACUCUUGGUACCAUCAAACUGUCUUUCCUGCCGUCCAGUCUUUAAAGAUGGGUAGUUUGCUAACUCCUCCUCCUUCCAUAUGCUUUACUCGAGCGAAAACGGCGACGAGGAGCCAGGCAGCCCGGCCGUCAGGCAGUCUCAGAGAGAGAGACAAAGAGAAGAGAGCAGAGACCUCACUCACCUGGGAAGGUUCCUACAAUUUUGAUUCGUCCGACAUGCCUGUCUUAGGCUAAAGGCUUUUUAUUGGGAUCCCUGGUCUACGUCAUCCUCUUGAGAAAAUUCUGCCAAAAUCCAUCUGCAACGCCUUUGUGCAUGGUUCGACAAUGGUGAUUUAGCUCUCGGACUAGUAACUCUAGCUUAUUCAUAAAUUCACGUUGUUAACACAUGGGAUGGUGUUUGGUUUCGGUGUAUCGGCCCUUUUAUUUCCUUCCUGAUACUAAUGUAAACCUCAGUUGCUCAAUUGUAAGGUAAUUUUAAGUGGGUUAUUAUUCCUAUGGGUAUAUUCUUCUACCUAAAUGACCAUGACUUUUAGAUACUAAUCUUCCUGAAUAUUUCUUUACAGACAGCGAGCGAAGCAGAACGAAGGAAACGCCCUACGAUCUACGUGAAUUGCCUUGUUCUCCUACCAAUUGUUUGUAACUACGGUACUACGUCAUUUUAAAGGCUUAUUUAUGUAAUAAAUAUCAUAUUUAAUUACAUUUUUCCUUCCAACCUUUAUUUCAAACCACAGAUUUUUAUGGAGUUCUGCUUAUGGCGCCCAACGUGGGGCAACACGAAGAAAGGUGCUUAAUGAUGGUGCAGAUGAUCCAGUAGAGAAUUGACCACGACUGGGGCUCCCAAUAGUCUCUCAUAUUUCUAUUUGUAGGACAUUGAUAUUUUCCUUUCCAGGAUAUUAACAUUUUAUUGAAAUAAAUAUAAUUUUUCUUUUCAGAAAAUUAACAUUUUAUUGGUUUGCAUUUGUUAUACUUUUGUUAUAAUGGCUAACUUACAGGUACUGAUCGGACAACGAAAAGUCAUUCGGAGAAAAGUCACCGAACAAUUCAAUAGGUCUGACACCUAUUCUGCCCUUACACAAGGAGAAAGGUUAGCUAUUAAAGGUCUUCUUGUUAAUUAUAGAAACAAGUUGUCAGAGCUAGAUGAUCAAAUCCUCUUGAAGAAAUUUCCUGACAUAUCUGAUGAAGCAGAGUUAGAGCCAGAAUUAACAAGUUGCCAGGAUUAUCUAGACAAAAUUGAGCAUUGUCUACCAUUACUUGAGAUUUCAAGGAGUAAGAAUGAUUCUAAUAAUAUUCCCGACGUGGCCCGCAGUUUACUGAAACAGCCAACAGCUCCUCUUCCUAAGUUUACUAGCAAAGGAGGAGAAGAUUUCUUGAAGUUUAUAGCAGAGUUUGAGGCUACAACUAAUGCAUUUCAGUAUCCAGACAGAGAUUUACUUUUAUUGCUGAAGCAACAGGUAGACGGUCGAGCAAAGACUUUAUUAAGUUCUCUGGAAGCUGAUAAACAGAGUUAUGUAGAUGCCAAAGAACUAUUGAUUUCCGCCUUUGCUUCUAAGGAGGUUUGUAAAAACAAUGCAAUUAGGAAAAUUACGGAGUUAAGUCUAAGAGAGGGUGAUGAUCCCUUCACAUUUAUUUCCAUCCUCCGAUCAGUAUGCGAAGCAGUCAAGACUUUUAACAUUGGAGCGGAUGAAUUUGUCAGAUAUUUUGCUUGGCACGGCUUAAAUGGUCGCUUUCAGCGUCAUCUUAUUAAUAUUACAGGAAAGACUCAUCCUUCCUUAAAUGACAUUAUUUCACAUUUCUUUGCAGCUUGCGAAAGGUACGAAAGUGACGGGAAAGGUGUUGAAAGCGUGAAAUGUAAAGCUUCACCUGUCAAGACAUUAACACUCCCUCUUCGUAAAGAGAGAACUACCAGCAUGGCUGCGGAAGCAGUAACCUAUGAUAAAGACAGGUCUUCGCCUCAAUGUUCCUUGUGUUCUGCGGUUGGAAAUACUGAUAAAUUUCACUUUAUUCAUAAGUGCCCUAAUUUUCUUUCUCCUACAGAUAAAGUGCAUAUUUUAAAAUCUAGAAAUGGAUGUGUAAAAUGCGGCCAAUUUAAUCAUGUUUCCGGUAAGUGCCGUUUUAAAUUAAAGAGACGCUGUUCAAAUUGUAACAGCUGGCAUAUGACUUACCUGUGUGAUAGGAGUCCGUCACCAGGCAGAAACUCUAACAAUAUUAAUAACGGCAAAUCCAAGGUGGAAACUUCUCCUCAAAUAAGCAGCGGUGUUGCCGUCCUUCCUACUUGUCAUGGUGAUUCCAUUUUACCCACCUUUUCAUUUAAAGUUGGGGGGACUGUUUACAGAGGACUGAAGGACAGUGGUUCGCAGAGCACUUUUGUCACUUAGAAAUUGGCGGAGGAGAAUAAUCUUAAAAUCAUUAACUCUAAAGUAAAGCUAACAGUUAAUGGGUUUAAUGGCAACAAGGAGUAUUUUACUGAAAUUGUUGAAGUUCCUGUUACGAUCGGAGAUAAAUCCUUUAUAAUUUAUUGCUUGGUUGUACCAAACAUUAAUGUAGCAUUGAAAUUACCUCUGCUUGGUAGAUUAGUUGAUAAAUUUCAGGCACAAGGUGUUAAACUAGCUGAUCAAUUCCUUCAUAAAUUUUCUCAUGAAAUUGAUAAUGUUCAGCUCAUUUUAGGUACAGACUUCGCUUAUUGUAUUGCAGGUACAGAUACAGUUUUUGGAGGAAUAAAUUCAUCGAUGUAUACUGAGUGUCAUGCAGGUAUUUUGCUGUCUGGUAGCAUUGAUUUAAUGAUUAAGAAUAUUGAUAAUUUAGCUGAUACGA